AUGGCGGGCAAUGGCACCGACAGUCCGCAAUUCCUGGCUCCGCCGGCCGUCAUGGCCUUGAGGCAGGAGGCCGAUCCGAAGAGGCUUCCCAUGGAGCGGACCCUGAGUGAAGACAUGCGGGAAGAACGCGAAGAUCUCAAGGAAGCGGCGGAGCAGACGUUGAAUGUCAUCCUCGAUCUGGGUCUCGAUGGCCGGAUCAAAUGGGUCAGCCCGUCGUGGCGCCAGGUCGUGGGCUCCCCGGUCGAAUCGGUAGAAGGCCGCAUGAUCUCUGAUGUUUUGGAGAAUAACGCGACUGCCUUUCAGGAUGCGAUCGAGGCGAUGAAGGAGGACGACUCCCGCAGUCGCUUCAUCCGCUUCUCAGUGCGGAUGGGGCCUGACUCGGUGCUGAAGUACUCCCCGGAACCCCGGCCGCCAGAACCGGAAAAAGAACACGAAAAGACGCAGGAGGGUCAAGAACAAGAGAUUGCGAAGGAGGGCACACAAGAUGACGAGGAGGAAGAAUGGCACAGAGACAUCCUCGAUAUGGAAGCCCAGGGAAUCAUGGUCUUUGACCGCUCAGCAGAUGGAUCCGGACAUUCGAUGUGGAUGCUACGGCCAUCUACGGAGCCCCGAGAAGUGACGAUCGAUCUUCCCCCGUUGCUGGUGGAAUCUCUGGGGGUUGGGGCGGAGGUCCUGGCCAACUAUCUCACCAACUUGGCGGAGGCUGCUGGUAAAGGUGCCGAUCCCGCAACAUACCCCCCUCCCAGUCCCGUCUUGUGUCGGAUCUGUGAGCGUCAGAUUACUCCGUGGUGGUUUGAGAAGCACUCCGAACUCUGUCUGCAAGAACAUCGGGCCGAGUUGGAUGUCCAGAUAGCGCAAGAGAAUCUGAACGAACACCGUCACGCUAUCGUCAAAGUUCUUGAUGCGCUCGAGGCUCAACAGGGUAGACCAAUGACCGGCGAUGCCGGUGCUCCAGCUGUUCCGCAGCCCGAAUACAAGGGCCUCCCCAUCGGACCCUCACCAGCAUCUUCUGCCCCCUCGUCUGGACAGACAAGUGCUCCCAACUCUUCUCCUGGGACACCAACCAGAUCCAGGGAUCAGUCUACAUCGGGACUCGGGGGGCAUGCAAGAGGACGAUCGUUCGCCGUGCGACGACCGUUAUCUCGUAUUGUGGAGUUGAUCCUCGAUCUCUGCGACACUGCCCUGGAAAUCAGUACACCCGCCUUGAAGGAAUCUCGGGCAGAUACUGGUGAUGACUUCCGGACUCUCUCUCCCCAGUCAGAAUCUCGGAUAUCUCAGGUCCUGCAAUGGCAAUCACCCAGUUCCAAUACCCUCGAUCAGGAGCAGGGACUUGCUGCUUUAUCCGCUGAUACGGAAGCAGCAGCCAGAGCCAAGGUAGAUGCCGUCAUCCGUCAUCGCAGGAUUGUCGAGUACGCAGAGCGAAUUCGGAUCGAGUAUACGGUUCUGGUGGAAGAAUGCAUCACCGCUGCUCUGAGCAAGGCGGAGCGAAUUGCGGCUGGACAAUUGAGCGAUUCGUCUUCGACGUGCUCUGAUGAUGAGCAUGCCGAGAACACGGACACAGGGCGUUCUGUGCGAAGCAUAUCUCUCGAACCACGACCAGGGCCGAGUUCUCCGAUGCCAAUACCGAUGCGAAACCCCUCAGAGCAGUCUAUGCCGUCUCCGAGAACGUCAUCGAUCGCUGUGUCGACUCGAUCUAGCAGUCCAAUGGAAUGUCCUACUCCACGUUCUCACAGGAGCACCGCCGGUCUACUAGGCACGUCUCAGCCCUCUAAAAGAGGCUCUCUACUAGCGGAAAGUGACACCGGAGAAUACAGCGAUAGCAGCUUGCCAUCGUCGUCUUUUCUGGCUAGUGCGAUGCGGACCGACUCCCCAUCCUCCGAGAGAAGUCUUUCUCGCACAACCAGUUCAAAAGAAAGGAAGAGGAAGAGCUUAGUACUUCCUGGCCUGUCCAGCUCACCCCGGAGGCAGCAUUCCCCCGCCCGGACCGGGGGUCCUCCUCAAUCCCCCUUGAGAAUCUCUAAACCUCGUGUCCCCAGCGGUGAUAUCCCUUCCCCCGUUGUAUCGCCUUCACUCACCACUGCUGAGCUGGCUUCUCAUCCAUCGUUGCAGCACCCUCAUCAUCACCAUCACCAUCACCGCAGGCAAUCGUCAACGGCCUCCUCAGAGGUGGCCAAGCCACCAGUUUCGCCGCGACUGUCUUCAGUUAGCCAACCCCAGCCCCGUCCUGCACCGCCGUCAAUCAAGGACUUCGAGAUCAUUAAACCCAUCAGCAAGGGUGCAUUCGGCAGCGUGUACUUGUCGAAGAAGAAGACCACGGGCGAAUACUUUGCCAUCAAAGUGCUCAAGAAGGCGGAUAUGAUCGCUAAAAACCAGGUCACCAAUGUCAAAGCAGAACGGGCAAUUAUGAUGUGGCAAGGCGAGAGUGACUUUGUUGCCAAGCUCUACUGGACUUUCUCCAGUAAAGACUACCUCUACUUGGUCAUGGAGUAUCUCAACGGUGGUGACUGCGCAUCUCUUGUCAAGGUCUUGGGUGGAUUGCCCGAAGACUGGGCGAAGAAAUACAUCGCAGAAGUUGUCCUAGGGGUUGAGCAUCUCCACAGUAGGGGAAUCGUUCAUCGGGAUCUCAAACCGGACAACCUCCUGAUUGACCAGAAGGGACACCUCAAACUGACGGACUUCGGUCUGUCACGCAUGGGACUCGUCGGCCGUCAAAAGCGGGUGCUGAAGAGUCCAAACGACUCGGCCCCUGACCUGCUUAAGCAAGGACCCUUUCCCCGAGCCAUGUCAUUGGCAUCGUCGCGCUCAGCAUCGUUCGACUUGCAAGGUUCGCCGGGAUCUACUCCACUCAUCACGCCUGAGGUUUCCAACAGUUACAAUCAACCAUCGUACUUCAGCCUCGGCCACAAUCCUCUCCAUCGUGAGAAUUCCAGACGGGCGUCUGGGUACCGGAGUGAUAGCGGAAGUAGCGACGCUUUGGCGUCAAUGUUUCAGACAUUCUCUCUCACCGAAGGCAGCGAUACACCCGCCCCCGUUCCUGUAGUACCAAACAAGAUGCUGCCAGACGAGGAAGCCCCAAGUGAGCCCAGUGACUCUCCCAAUCUUUAUGCCCUCCAGCCAACAGUCAGCCAUGCAUCGUCGGUCGGUGCCCUGCAUAAUACGCCUCCCCAGCAGUCGAUGCUUCCCCCAGCCAUGGCCCUGUUCGAUCCCGAAGACCAUAAUCGGCGUUUUGUUGGUACCCCGGAUUAUCUCGCCCCAGAAACCAUCAACGGCGUUGGACAGGAUGAGAUGAGCGACUGGUGGUCACUUGGUUGCAUUUUGUUCGAAUUCCUUUUCGGCUACCCACCCUUCAACGCCCCUACUCCAGAUGAAGUCUUCGAGAACAUCUUGAACAGAAGAAUCAACUGGCCGGAUUGCGCAGAGGAACUGGCCUCGCCAGAAGCGAUAGACCUAAUGAACAAGCUCAUGACAGUCAAGCCCGAAGAGAGACUUGGCGCCAAUAUCGCUGAAAAGUUCCCGAGCGGAGGGGCAGAAAUCCGUAGUCAUCCUUGGUUUUCGGAUAUCAAUUGGGACACUCUGCUUGAAGACAAGGCACAAUUUGUGCCAAACGUUGAGAAUCCAGAGGACACGGAGUAUUUCGAUGCAAGAGGGGCCACUCUACAAGCCUUCACCGAGGAAAUAGAAGAUCAACCCUCUCCGCAGCCUCCAUUCCCCUCAGCAGACUAUCCAGAUCGUCCACACGAUGCGCUUUUCAAAGUUCGUACUCAGGUGAACUCCAUAAAGCGAGGGCUGAUGCCGCUUCAUAUACCACCGCAUGUCCGUGAUACGCGCAGCAGAAGGCUGAGUGAACCUUCAAUGGCGGACGACUUUGGAAACUUCAAUUUCAAGAACCUCCCUAUUCUCGAAAAGGCCAACAAGGAUGUCAUCCAGAAGCUACGCCAGGAGGCUAUGCAGACGCAACAGAGGCAGGCGAUCUCAGCAGUGCAAACACCAUUGUCCACAUCUGGCCCAUCUCUCGAAGGCAGCCCCCCUGUACCGAUGCCGCUCCAGCGGACGCUCUCACACAGUAAGGGAAACAACAGACCGUCUUCUCCGUCGAAUCACAGCCAAGCGAAUUCAUCUCCUAGCCGACCGUCGCAGCCUUCGUCUCCCCUACUCGUCCAGUUCAGUACUGGGCAAAACCAUGAGCGCAGAAAGACCUCGGGCUCCUCGUCUACAAAUUCACUUCCAUCUGGCGCAGCUCCACAGCACACUUCUUCUGAACCUUCUCGUUUGACGACCAACAUCAAAGUUGGACCUACCGUAUCAUCCCCUGUGAAGCCUAUCCGAGUACCCGGGCAGUCGCCGGAGAAGACACCGUCCGGUCCACGCCAGAGUAGUGUCCCGACGUCCCGCACUAGGUCGCAGACCUUGGGCUCCCAGGAUGGAGAUUUCACAACACUCAAGGAGACGUUCAUGCCAGGCCAUCACAAGCGUCGCAGCCAGCUGUUUGAUGUUUCUCCAUCGUCUUCAGACAACGAAGAUCCCCGUACCAAGGCCUUACUGAAGGUGCAACGCCGGAGGCAGAGCUCACGACGAUUGUCGAAUAUCAACCUUUCUGAGGGGCCGUUCUUCAGACCCCUUGAUGUACUCAUCUGCGAGGAUCACCCGGUUUCUAGGCUUGUCAUGGAGCGGCUGUUUGAGAAGCUGCGCUGCCGCACUAUCACAGCUGUCAACGGAUCGGAAGCAAUACGCUAUGCGCUGAGCGAGGUCGAGUUCGAUAUCAUCAUGACGGAAUUUAAGCUACCUCAGAUCAACGGCGCCGAUGUGGCUCGAAUGGUGCGUGAAACGAGGAGUGCCAACACGCAUACACCUAUCAUAGCUGUCACGGGCUACUUGAAGGAUUUGCCAGAGACUCACCACUUCGAUGCUCUCAUCGAGAAGCCACCGACUUUGACCAAGUUCACAGAAGCACUUUGCAAGUUCUGUCACUGGAAGCCGCCACCGAAGGACUACAAUCCUGCACAGCCGCUGACUAUUCCGACCUCCGCCUUGCGGCAAUCAUCAGUGCGUGCUGAAGACAGUCCUAGCUCAACAUCUUCUGGCUUCCCACAAUUGGUGCCCAGUUCCUAUCGUGGGUCCAGUCGCGAAGACUCGGUGGGCAGUAGCUACUUCGGGGAUAUGGAUUCUAUCAAAGCGGAGGAGGUACCCGUCGUUAUCAGUCGCCACGGCGAGGACUGGGGUAGUAGUAAUCAAGGUGGUCUGGGGAUUUCCGAUGAAGUAGCUGCAAAGGCAGCGAAUGAACCUAAAGUCGACCCAGCUGCCGUUGUUGUCCCACAAUUGCUCCACGCUUCCUCGGCCCCUGCCUAUGUCACCACUGCAGGCCCAAUGACUCCUCGGAAACAGCGAUCUAGUGAAGCUAUCCGUGCAAAACGAGAAUCACUCGAGAAGAAGCGGUAUGAAUGUGCGGAAUCAGGAGACGAUGAGGAUGAGGAGCUGGGGCACGCUCAAGUGCAGGCUCGUAGUCCAAACAACAAGACUCCACGGUCGGGCUCCAAACUGGGGACGGAAAUGAUGCGGACGAACAGUCGUGGCAGCGUCGUCAGUGGCAGUGAAGAAAUCCUCAAAAAGGAAAAGGAAGCGCUUGAGAAGAUCCGCGCGGGCAACACCGAAGGAGCCAGUGACGAACAGUCUCGUGAAACAGGUGGCUCUCCAGCUGAUGUUGGUCUGGAAGAUACAUUUGAGAGGCUCCAUAUUCCCGAAGAAGCACUGCAGACGGUGACGGAAGAUGACCUAGAGGAUCAAGAAGCGCUUCAAGAAUCGACACACCGGCCUUUCCUGCCUCAAUACGUGACGCAAGUCCACGCAUCUUCUCAAACGAUGCCUCAAACCACCAAGGAAUCAAGUGCCACGUCUGAGCCUCAGACCGAAAAGAAAGGCCAUAUCACGCCCCCAAUCAUCUUUCCCGUCGAGUGCAACUCUGAUGUCCCUGCAAAGGCAUCUGCAGCCUUCACAGAUAUGGAACCUGCGAGUGUUAGUAGAGCAGCGGCAGUCAUUGGCCCAGAUGUCGGCGCCGAUGCAGCUGUUGAUACUGACGCUGCCACCUCUGCCGAUGCGGACGCAACGCCUAGACCCAUGCAUACUCCGCUCCCUUCAGAGCCAGACUCCGAGUCAGAUCCGACCCCACGUCUGUCGGAGAGAAGCCGGAUCGGCAUCCUGCCAUGGAAGAGGCGAUGA